AUGCAGAAUCAAUUCCGGAAUUCUGAGGUUGUUGGAGGAGAGUACCAGAGGGCGUAUGAUUGCGUAUUCCUAGAAUCAGUUUCCUCAGUUUUUUAUUCAAGACCAAUGACUAGGGAAGUGAAAGUAAUUCAAAGUGGUAGGAUACAAUCGGGCGAAAGCACCGAGUCCACAGCAAUUGAAACAGAUUCCAAGACCCGGUUCUGCAGAGCCAAUGGGCUAUGCCAAGAUUAUGGAGCCGAGACAUGUCGCAAUAUUACGGAAAGAAUUCAGCAAAGGGAAUUUAGUAGUGGUGUACGGACGGUUCCGUAUCCCGAUUUUUCAUCGAUACACCAGAGCAAAGGUAUAUGGAAUGGCUAUGAAGGUUUGCCAGGAUACAGCCAGCAGCAAAACUGGGACACGAAAUACAUGGCUCCAGGAGGAGCACGGUCAGGCCCCAAAGUGGGCUCAAGGGACGGUAACACGUUUUGUCACCACAAUAUCGGUUCCUCGAGAAUCGAACGAGGAGCAGCUGGAAGCGGGAAGGAGCCCAGUGCAAAAAACAUACUAUCUCAAGGGUAUGGCUCCAGCGAAGGGGUAAACCCGGAUGAAUAA